UCGAGUUAAGACGAGGCACUUUCUUAAGUCACUUUUACGAGUGAUCCAAACAAUCCUUUCGUCAAUCGGAUACCCGGACGCUCUCGUUGAGGGGGCUUUCCGACUGAAUAACUUGAGCAGGGAUAAGAUCAUCUGUGUUCUGCUGCAGCAUUCGCUGAGAACCAAUCCCCGUCUCCUCCCUCCCCUUCUCUUCUUCUCGCGUGCGCUCGUAUUCGCCAUGAGCAGAGGAACGGACCGACUUGUGAAGAGCGUGAAGCAGUUCGCGGACAUUCAGUACAAGCUUUUCACUCGUCGUUAUGGCCAGCAGAUAAUAGACAUCUUAGAGUUCCCCAUCAAGCUUGUGUUGUCCCCUUUCACGCUUGCUUAUGACAUUGCAGGCUCUGCUCCUCGUGGAUUCGGCAUUCCUGAGUUUAUUUCCAAACUAUCACUCUCUGCAGUCUUUGUUGUUGCUACUCUUGGCACAUAUGACAUUGCAUUUGAUCUGGGAAAGAAGGUCCUAUGUCAGAGGAACUGUCGAUCUUGCAAUGGAUGGCAGGCAUUGCGGUGUACUAUGUGCAGAGGCUCAGGAAAGGUGCAGUACCAAGUGAAAAACUACUCCUUAAAGAGUGGAGAAAAGGCAACAGCUGAAUGUGUUGCAGAUGCCAUAGUUGACAAUCGGGCUGAGCUGGUGCACAUCCCUUCCACAUUGGAUCUUAACGUGCCACUGCCAUCUAAGGACUGUCCAACAUGUGAUGGAUCAGGUGUGAUGGGAUGUCCUGAAUGUAAAAACAAGUUACAAGUCCGAAUAUCUGCUGAUGAUAUCAUGGAGCCUCCAUGGACAGCCUAUAAUAUCUUGAAAAAGAUGGAUUAUCCCUAUGAGCAUAUAGUCGAUAGCAUGAAAGACCCCAGUAUUGCUGCAUUUUGGUUAAUUACCUUGCCUCAGAUUGUGGGAGGAUUCAAUUAUGAUGAUGAUGUUAAGCAGAAAAUUUGGUGGCAAUACAAGGAAUCUAUGCGGUAUGAUCAACUUCGAGAUGUGGUUGCGAAGCGAAAACCUGGCUGGGAACACUUGCAGGAAGGCUUAUUCUUCAUAGAUCCUGUCCGAGCUAGGGAUGAUCCUGUUAUAGUGAAAAACAUCCCCUAUUACAAGGCCAAGAAGGCUCUGGAGGCAGAAGUCAUGAAGCUUAAUCCUCCGCCACGACCACAAAAUUGGGGUGAGCUGAACCUUCCACUGAAUGCAUCUUCUUGGAGUGCAGAGGAUCUUAAAGAUCCAAAAAAAUUAUAUGAGAUGACAGUUCUUCUUAAUGCCCAAAGAGAAAUUGCUGAUAAGAUCUUGGAUGCACAAUGGGAAACAAAAUGGCGUCAAGAGAAGUUGAAUGAGAUGUUGGAAGAGAAGGUGCGGCCAUACAUUCAAAAUAUUGACAGUGCUGUCCUUUCUCAACCUAUCAUAAUUCAAUCAGAAAGUCAGGAUCAAAGGAGGACUCGGCGAAGGAGAUGGUGGUUCUUUUGACAAACUGAGGUUUUUGGCGGUGUUUGCUGGCUGCAGAAAUUAUAAUUCUUGACAGCAUUAUGCCAAUGCUUUUUCAUUUUCAUGUGUAUUUUUUUCCUCCUACAAAGAGCUCUUGUAUAUGCGAGUUAGCAUGGAAAAAUCCUUGCCCAUGAAUCUUUUGGAUUAAAUUGCUCGGAGAUAAAUCACUAAACUAUUCUGAAUCCA